CUUCGCAGACGAUCCGUGCCGAGCUGUCACGCCUCGCUGCUGCAUGGUUCCUGCCCCCGGUGCCGCGGUGCGUUCUAGCCAAGUUUGAGUCGGAGCCGCUCGGCGUCUCGGGCUCCGUCGUCCCCGGUGUUCCGUCUUCUUCUGCUCACCGAGCCAGAACCCUUCCAAGCUGCUUACCGGCUCAUUUGUAUCGGCUUCACAGCGCGCCGCUCCCGCUGCCCGUGCAGGACACUUGUAGCCUACAAGUGGACGGGAGACCUGCGGACGCUCCAUUGAACGUAUCCCACUUUUGUUUCCUGACCUUUUUUUCCUUUUUACCGGGAGGAACGGAGGAGCAGCAGCGGCAGCGGCGGGAACCAUGAGCGGACGCGGGGACGAAGCCGGGGAGAGCUCCGGCUCCCAGGAGCCCACCACGGGGGCCGCGGAGCCCCAGAAGAGGAGGCCGGGGAGACCGCGGAAGCCCCAAAAAGAGCCCAGUGGAGAGCCUGUCCCCAAGCGACCUAGGGGCCGCCCCAAAGGAAGUAAGAACAAGGGCCCCUCAAAGGCGGCGCAGAAGAAAGCCGAGGCGACCGGGGAGAAAAGACCCAGGGGGCGACCCAGGAAAUGGCCGCAACAAGUCGUCCAGAAAAAGCUUGCUCAGGAAGAAGAGGAUGAAGAGGAAGAAGAGCAGGAUGGAGAGUCCCCAGAGGAGGACUAAGCUACCACACCAUGAAAUCUCUACCUCAUUCAGCUGUCAGGUCUUUCAAAGGGAAAAGACUGUCAUGACCACUUAUUUUUGACUUUAUCCCGCAUGCUAUUAUACUCGGUUUAAUUUCAGUUAGAGAAUUUCAAUCUUUGCUCUGUCACCGAACGGGCAAAAAUGUCCAGCAAAAGUGUGGCCUUUAAAUUCCCUUUCAUACAGUUUCACAUAGACCGCACAGUCAACUUGUCAUUACUGUGCUAGUGUUAGCUCUUAUUGGUUGAACAGAUUCAAACAAGCACAAAGUUCAGCUCCAGACAUUCUGGCUGUCGAAACAAACAAAUGAGGCAACACACGGACACAACAUGGUUCCUGUACAACACACCUACACUCCUCAAUGAGACGCAACCAGUCAGUAAAUGUUUGGCAGUGUUUGAUUUAGGAUCUUCAGAGCAGCAUCAUCUUCACAUGAGUGAGCAGCAUUCUGAAGACUACUCUAUGUGCACAUACACACACAGUCUUUCACACACGGUCACAGUGACUGAUUCAUGAUGGCAGGAAAGAGACUGGGACAGUAGAACAACUGUUCUAAUACAUCUAAAACAAACCAGCCCCCUCACCCGGGCUGUUAGGUCACCAAUCACAGGGAGACACAGAGAUCUUUACUCAGUGGCAGUUUUCAUGUUGGCUAGAAGCCAUUUAAAAAGGACUUGUUCACGCGGUUAGCAUUAGCUCAGACUGAGUCUCCAAACAUCAUCUUUACAUCUAAAUAAAACUAAUUAGAAAUGAGAACAAUCCUUAACCUUUCUGGUCAAUUUCACCAGUUUACAUACAUUUCAAUAUUAAUGUAAGAUGCUCUGCUGGAAGGAUGGUUGUUCAAUUUCAAUGAAAAGACCAUUUAAUUAACUAAUAGUCUUUAUAACUUAAAUCGAUCAAUUUGGAGCCUCUUGUUUUUGUCCGUUUGAAAACACGACAGCUUUAAUAUUUACACAUUGUAGCUUCACAUGAUAUAUCCAGGGUUGGGUUCUUCAUUGGAACCUGCUCCAGGUGGACAAAGUACCUGUGUUUGCUAAACUCCCAACAGAUCAUUCUUAUUGAAUAUUUUCUUCCUCUUCACUUUUUAUUCAGCAGAAACUAGAAACUUUGAAAACUAGAGGCGAUCAAGAUAGCAAGCCCUUCUUUAGAGUGGUCUCGUCCAGCAGUGCCUCUAGAAUGCUUUUGAAGACUUGACCCAGGAUGGUGCCAGUGAUAGAACAGACCACCAGAGCUCUGUUUGGCUCUCCGUGCCUCAUCCAAUGCUCUAGAAAACAAUGGAACCCCUUCCACAUCCCAUCGGUGCUCCACCACCAAACGGCUCGACAUCGCAUCGAACUACUAUAUGCCAUUUACUCAGAUUUACAUCAACACGCUUGUGUACAUUUUUUCAUAGCUUUAAAACCUUGAGUCCAUCAUUGACGUCACACCGUCAUAGAAAAUAAACCUCAAGAACAAAAACCACACGAUCAAACCACACAUUACCUCAUGAAUCACUUGAUACCUGGAAUAGUGGCAGCGCGACAUGGGAUGACUCAUCCCGCUCUGUUACUCCAGAAAGCCAGGCUACCUUCAGGAACCCUGAUGGUAUGCUCCCUUUCUGCUCACUGAUAUGCAAUACAUCCUCUCAUGAUUUCAAACUACCUCUGACUCUGACAGAAGCUGUUGCUCAGCACACACAAACCAAUGCAAGGCACGGUAGUGUGCAUUCAGAUGUUGAACCUUAUACUGUACAUUAAAGCGAGGUCAUGCCGGUUGAUUGUUGUCUUGUCAUGGGGAACAACAAUUUGUCUGCAACUGUUUUGUUUGAUUCAGUCGGGUAAACAAUAUGUAAUCCAGAAAGAAGCAAAAGUCAGAUAUGACAGAGCCAUGUGCAUCAACUUUAAAGGAAAACUCCAUCUGUCCUGUUGGUUAUGAUGAGUCGUACAAGUGCUUUUUACAAGGGUACAAGGAGUGCACAGACAGGAAGAAAGUUUUUCAAGUUUUGACCUAAAAUAUGUUGUGACUUCCAGCUUUUACCACAUUGUCAGAACAACAUUUUAAAAGGCUUAACAAAAACUAAUUACACCCAAAGUAUUGUUUACAUUUUUACUGCACUAUGUGUGCAGUAAAAAUUCUGGAAUUAGCGCUACAGGUAGACGUUUUUAUUUGCAUGUUGAAGUAUCGUACUCGAAAAAUCUGUAUGUAAACAGCAAAAAGAAAAGAAAACAAACAUCCUCAACUGCAGAAAAAAAUUAGCUGAUACAAGCUGAGCAAUUACCCCAAAUCCCCGAAGACCUCCGUAGAUGGUUCGAUGGCCAAGUUCCGGUUCACAGCCUCUACUUGCUCUGCUCUGUCUCCGGGCGGACUACGCUUUAGCCAAGUUUCUUUUGCUCAAACCAAGUGAUAGAAAUGCGCCUAAUUCACAUACAUUUUUUUCUUUGACAUUUCAAAAGUUUGUUUCGCUAGACAUUUGAAUGUAAACACACUGACUUUGAGUAAAAGGUUUAAUGAUACAGUUGGAAUUCAUUCCUAAGGCAAUAAGAUGCCUCACUGAUAGUGGUAUGGAUGCAGGGCCAUUAGUUAUCCACCUUGCAGAUGCCAGAACAUCUGUCUGUGCUUUCUAGAUCCAAACGCUUCAGCUUGGUUCAGAAUGUGUUUACUUGACUCCAACCUCGUUUGUGAAGAGUUGCCAGAUAUUACCAAUGUGACAAAAAUGUCAUCAUAACCUUCAGGCGUGAUGGUCAAAACUUCUGAAAUAAGACAGGUCAAAAACAUAAUCCAAAUGUUUUCCUUUAAUUGGAGACGACUCUAAAGCCUACAGUCCAACAUGUGCAGUUUCUAAAUCCAUUUGUCCAUAAUUAGUCCGUGCAUCAAAUGUUACAUCUUUGUUUCUUAGUUUCAGCUUCAGCUUCGGUUGUUUCUAUACAUCGCUCCAUACAUCUGGUCCUAGAGUUGAAGUGAAGUCUUUAGAGUCCGUCUCCAUCAUCACUUGGCGCUUACUGUCCUGACAUUAUCUUUUUUAGAGAUUCCUGGAAAAAGCCUCCAUUCAGUGGUCUGUUUUUAAUACUUAAAACAUUAAAGCAGCUGACAUAUUACGUACUGUUUUUUCAUAUUUAACUUAAUGUUAAUUUGUAUCUCAACAUUGUAAUGAAACCAUCAUCUGCAAACUGGGACUUCUGUUUGACAAACGGUAACUUGAAUUUAUUUUGUUCUGAUUUACACACACAAGUGUCUCUAUGGCACUACAUGAUAUAACUACAAAUGUGUUUUUGUUUUUUUGGCUUUGAAUAGUUGGAGUUGUUUUUCCUGAGUUAUGUACUACCUAUAUAUGUACAGUACCAUAAACAGACCGUUAAAAAUGGACUAAUCAAUUGACAAAUACCUACCUCCAGUCUCUUCACAUUGAUGUAUGAUAUGAUCUAUAUCAGGACUGCAGAAGCUCCUUACUUAAUGUAUCAGAUCAAGCUUCCAAUCUCAGUACAUUUGGAUUCUCACAUUCAAAGUGACUUUCAGGUUUUGAAAAAGAUAUGUCUGGAUUUUGUAUAUUGUAUUCAUGAAUAUGUUUUCUUGUUUUUAAUUAGUAGAUAUCGAUAUACUUGAUUAGCUGUUUUGUGUACUUCACAAACAUGUGAUUUUCUUUUUUUGUGAUAUGGUUUAAACACAAGCUAUGUUACUUCCGUAUAUGGAAUUUCUUUUUACUUAGUGAUGGAUUAUACCUUUUUUCACCCGUCACCAUGGCAACAUUUGAUGAGUUGACAUUGUAUUUUAAACGGCCUGAGGUAGAGCCUCAGAGGAGCUACGUUGAUCCUGUCAAACCUGCCUUCAUCAGCAACACCAGAAUGGAACCCGUGACUUAGCACAAGUUGGGGUACACUCAUCAGCCAACAAUAUGCACAGUGUUUUGAAUCAUAGGGUGCCUUCACACUGUAAAGCAAACUCUCCCCUUGGUUUAUUCAAAAUGUGACCCCUGUACUAGGCUGUCUGUGUUUAUUUGUCACAAAGAGCCAGCCUAACAACUGUCCAGAUGUUAGCUGUAGCUGUUAGCUUGCUAGCAACAUCUAAAACAUUGGUGCAAGAACCUCCUUUUGACAAAGCACGUUUAUCUGCUGCCAGUCUUUGUCCGAGGUUUAAGCCACACUAAAAACUCAGGUUAGUAGUGCACUUCAGCCUCUUGUGGCAGGAAUGAAUAUUACAACAACAAACACCUGUUUUAGAGAUGAAACAAAAAGAAUAAUCUUGGUGAAACAUGUUCCCACCUGUUCCUCAGUCAUAAACACAGGAGAGCAAAUUAUUUAGAUCGUACUUUGAAUAUGGAUCACCUUUUAUUUCUCACUUCCCUCUCAGGGCUUCCGUACCUUAUUGGACUAACAACAACUAUAACAAAAUAUUUGAAGUGUUGUCAGAAGGCCUAAGGCCUUGAAAAACUACAUCAGUAAUUACAAGUUACUAAACUAUUUCUGUUGCCUUCAAUACAUAUGCAGACACGGUGCAGGCGAUGCUGUUGCUAAUAAUCCAACCAAUCCACAAGCUGCUGUUAAAUGAGCUACCUGAGCAAUACUCCAUGAACUGUGUGCAGCUGUUAAUGAUGGCUGAUCAGUAGCUUUGAAUGAAUGGCUUUGAAACAGACAUGUAACACCGCCCCUCCAUCAGCCAGAGGGACCCCAUGUAGACCUGCUAUUAACAUGUGAUCUGCAUCUAUCUGGAUCAGGAAAAAAGACGUGCAUCACGUGAUAGUACCAGGUGUAAAUGGGGUCUAAGUGACACCCCAGAGCUUGUCAAGCUCCAGGCUUUGAGCUUUUUAAAGAUGAUGGGGAGUUCAGUAGAAUCCCAAACACCUCCUGAUGUUCUCUGGAGGCGAUGCUACCUCGCUGUUGGGCAGAGUGGUUGUAGGAGCUGUUGACAAGCGUUCAGCUUUGGGAGCCUUAAUGAAGUUUGCUCUUCAUGAUAUCAUGUUCUAGUACAAUCAAAUACAAAUUGCUACCUCCAGAAAGCCCUACUUUUACCUCAUUUUCAAACUUACUGUUCAAAAUUCAGGUGUCCGAGAGCAUAUGGAGAACAUUUUAAAAUGUUAUAUAUAUAUAUAGUUUAUUUUUGUGGGGGAUGAAUUUUAUAAGACUGUUUUUCUCUGCCUCUCAGUCACCGUUCGGUAAGACCGGACAUGUAACCUUUAUGUUUCUUACCUUAUGCAAUGUUUCGUAGAAGUGAGAAGAGCUUCCGGCUCUCCCCUGCCUUACUCCUUCUGUAUCAUUUCAAAUGUCUUCUACCAUAUAUAACUUUUGUUGCUUUCUCUAUCCACAUAGUAUUACUGUCUUUCAUUUCACUGCAAA